AUGUCGCUUCCCGAUCGAUUCAAACAUUUUGUCUCGGCCUGGGAGUCAGUACCUGUAGCAGAGCAAACAAUAGAUAACCUCACUUCGCGUUUACUUGUGGAAGAAGAACGUCAGAAAUCUGGUGAAGAAGCUGUGGCGUUGGUAGCACAAAGUUUUUCAAACUUGACAUGCUUUCGAUGCGGUAAUCGUGGUCACAAAAAGGAUCAGUGUCAUACUCGACAAUCGUAUAAUAAUCGUGGUCGUGGUCGUUUUAAUCAAGCUCGUGGCGGUCGGAAUGAUAACCAUACGGGAAAGAGUGGAAAUCCUAUGAAUGACAGUCGUUCGAAUGGUGACGCGGGUGAUCAGAAACCUCAGCGAGGAGGUAUCCAAUGUAAUUUCUGUCAUCGUUAUGGACAUCUGUGGAAACAUUGUAGAUUUCGCAAAAGUAAAGAAAAUGGUGCUAAAACAGAAAAUUCCGGCAACGAUAAUGAUAAUGGUGGAAGCAGUCUAGCGUUUUUAUGUGCGGCUGAAUGGGAAUCCGACUCUAACUUUUACUUGGACAGUGGAGCGACCGAACAUAUGUGUAAAAAUCGUGAGUAUUUUAGCUCUUAUACUCCUCUUACCGAAGAAAGAAGAAUCAAGAUAGGUGAUGGCUCUGAAAUUUUAGCCAUUGGAAUAGGUACCGUUUCAGUGCAGUCUUUCAACGGUACAAGAUACGUUGAUAUGGAUAUCAACAACGUACUCCACAUCCCACAUUUAAAAGUGAACCUACUUUCACAGGGUAAAUCACUAGAUAAAGGAUUCAGCCUUAUUUCAAACGCCCAUGAAGCAAGGUUUAUUGAAGAGAAAACCCAAAAA